CUGCCUUUCUGGCUUUAAAUUCUAAUGCUCUUUAUUUCUAAUUUUCCUCCUUGUUGUUCAAUGUAGACGUCUUAACGAGAGAGGCACCUGCAGUGUUGGGUUGCAUCGGGCUGGGAUCUCAAUCCCAUCACCUUAUCGCAGUCUGCGCUGUUCAAUCACAUCGCGCAGAUAAACACCACUGGCAAUCCUUCACUUUGAAACAAAUCCUUCUUCGGUUAUGAGCGAGAGGGUUUGAGCAAGUUUGUUUGUUAAGCUUAUAAUUCAACGAUAUUGCACUACCUUAUAUAUAACAUUAUCCUGGCCACGCAAUAGAGAUCAGUUGGCAUUGCUUUGUGCAUUAUCUUCUUUAAACGUCACAAGUCAUGGGACUACGUCAUAUUUUUCUUGCUUUCAUCAGCGUCACCGCCGUGUUUGCUUCAUCCCCUGACAAUGCAACUGCACCUCCCAAGAACUGGGGUGUCGCCCUCUUUGACUCCUUUGACAGUAUCGAUGUGUUUGGCCCUCUGAAUCCCCUCUGGUACCUCGCUUUCUCUCUUCAACUCAAUCUCGCCCUCAUUGCCCCUAGCCUUUCACCAGUCCGGGUUGAGCCCGUUGACCGUGCAUUGAACAAACAUAAUUCGUCCUUCUGGUUCUCCGUCAAUCCGGCUCAUACUUAUGUCAACCCUCCUAAGGACAUCGAAGUCUUGCUUAUACCCGGUGGACCUGGAUCUAUAAUGGGUGAUGUGAAUGAAGUCACCGAAUUCGUGAAGAAGACGUACCCAAACUUGAAGUAUCUGAUCACAACAUGCACCGGCGCAGGGAUUGCAGCCAGAGCUGGAGUGCUGGACGGCAAGAGAGCGACGACGAAUAAGAAGGCAUGGAAAACAGUCACAGCGAUGGGGCCGGAAGUGAAAUGGGUAUCGCCAGCGAGGUGGACUGUUGAUGGUAAUAUCUGGACAUCAUCUGGUGUCACUUCCGGUCUGGAUCUCAUCUUUGCGUUUAUUGACGAGGUCUACGGGGCGAAGCAUGGGAAAGAUUUACAAGGCACCAUUGAGUUCAACAGGGUGAGGGAUGCAUGCGAUGAUCCUUUUGCUGAGGAGCAUCAAGUUCCCCCAAGCGGCGACUGUAGUCAAUCAUGAGCACCCUGGUAUGAAAUCAGUGACAAGUUUUACAUAUUCGGAGUGUCAAACAUACAUAGUUCCAACCAUCAAUUACCAAUGAGGAACUUUACUG